AACAUAACCUCAAAGUUUUGUUUUGGGAGUUUUGGGGAGAAAAAUACAAAAAGUUUAGGAAUUUAGUGAAAAAACAUGGCAAAUCGCACAGUGAAGGACGCCAAGAAUGUCCACGGGACAAAUCCACAGUAUCUGGUCGAGAAGAUCAUCCGUUCCCGCAUCUAUGACUCAAAAUACUGGAAAGAGCAAUGUUUUGCUCUGACGGCAGAAUUGCUGGUGGAUAAGGCCAUGGAGCUGAGAUUUAUUGGAGGAGUUUACGGGGGUAACAUCAAACCAACUCCCUUUCUCUGUCUGAUCCUCAAGAUGCUGCAGAUCCAGCCGGAAAAGGAUAUCAUCGUGGAGUUCAUCAAGAAUGAGGAAUUCAAGUAUGUCAGAGCGCUAGGGGCUUUCUAUCUCAGGCUGACGGGCACAGCUAUUGAUUGCUACAAAUACCUGGAGCCUCUGUACAAUGACAACCGGAAGCUGCGGCGGCAGAAUCGCCAGUCAAACUUCGAGAUUGUCCAUGUGGAUGAAUUCAUCGAUGAGCUGCUGAGGAAUGAUCGCGUGUGUGACAUCAUCCUGCCUAGGAUCCAGAAAAGGCACAUUCUCGAAGAAAACAACGAGCUGGAACCCAAAGUAUCCGCUCUGGACGACGAUCUGGACGAAGAGAUGCCCAGCGAUGAGGACAAUGCACUGGAAAAGAGUGCUCCGGAGAGGAAAUCCAAGGCAGACAGGCUCAAGAGACGCUCCAGGAGCAGAUCGGAGGAACGCAAGGAGAGACGUCCAGACAGAAAAAGGGAGGACAAAGAUCGCGAGAGGGAGAGGGAGAGGAGAGAUCGGGAAAUGAGGGACAGGGAUAGGGACAGACGGAUGAGACACGACCGGCAGGAGGAUCGGGAUCGAGAGAGGCGCAGGGAUUACUACAAGGAAAGGGAUCGUCGGAGAUAUUGAAGAAUGCAAAAAUUGUCAAGAAUUUUAAUAACAAUAAAGAGAUUCAGACAAAA